CUCCCUCCCCGCGGCUCUGGGUGACGCUUCUCCAAUAACAGCUCGCGGGGCGCCUCGGCUCGGGGCGCCGGUCCCGCCGGUCCCGCCGGUCCCGCCGGUCCCGCCCCGCUGCCGGCAUGAGGGCGGCGGGCGACGGCGGCCUGGAGCGCUUCUGCAGCCCGGGCAAGGGCCGGGGGCUGCGGGCCCUGCAGCCCUUCCACGUGGGGGACCUGCUCUUCUCCUGCCCGGCCUACGCCUACGUGCUCACGGUCAACGAGCGGGGCAACCACUGCGAGUACUGCUUCGCCAGGAAAGAAGGAUUGUCCAAAUGUGGAAGAUGCAAGCAGGCAUUUUACUGCAAUGUGGAGUGUCAGAAAGAAGAUUGGCCCAUGCACAAGCUGGAAUGUUCUCCCAUGGUUGUUUUUGGGGAAAACUGGAAUCCCUCAGAGACUGUCAGGCUAACUGCAAGGAUUCUGGCCAAACAGAAGAUCCACCCAGAGAGAACACCUUCCGAGAAAUUGUUAGCUGUGAAGGAGUUUGAAUCACAUCUGGAUAAAUUAGACAAUGAGAAGAAAGACUUGAUUCAGAGUGACAUUGCUGCUCUUCAUCACUUUUACUCCAAGCACCUUGAAUUCCCUGACAGUGAGAGCUUGGUGGUACUCUUUGCACAGGUUAACUGUAAUGGCUUCACAAUUGAAGAUGAAGAGCUUUCUCAUUUGGGAUCAGCAAUAUUUCCCGAUGUCGCCUUGAUGAACCAUAGUUGCUGCCCCAAUGUCAUCGUCACCUACAAGGGGACCCUGGCCGAAGUACGCGCCGUACAGGAGAUCAGCCCAGGAGAGGAGGUUUUUACCAGCUACAUUGACCUCCUAUACCCAACAGAAGAUAGGAACGACCGGUUGAGAGAUUCGUACUUCUUCACCUGCCAGUGCCAGGAAUGCACCACCAAAGACAAGGAUAAGGCCAAGGUGGAAAUCCGGAAGCUCAGUGAUCCCCCAAAGGCAGAAACCAUUCGUGACAUGGUCAGAUACGCACGCAACGUCAUCGAGGAGUUCCGGAGGGCCAAGCACUACAAAUCCCCUAGUGAGCUGCUGGAGAUCUGUGAGCUCAGCCAGGAGAAGAUGGGCUCCGUGUUUGAGGACAGCAACGUGUACAUGUUGCACAUGAUGUACCAGGCCAUGGGUGUCUGCUUGUACAUGCAGGACUGGGAAGGAGCCCUGCGAUACGGACAGAAAAUCAUUAAGCCCUACAGCAAGCACUACCCUCUGUACUCCCUCAACGUGGCCUCCAUGUGGCUGAAGCUGGGGAGGCUGUAUAUGGGCCUGGAAGACAAAGCUGCUGGAGAGAGAGCCCUGAAGAAGGCCAUCGCCAUAAUGGAAGUGGCUCACGGCAAAGAUCAUCCGUACAUUUCUGAGAUCAAACAGGAAAUUGAAAGCCACUGAAACUCCGCCAACACGCUAAUUUUUAUUUAAAUGCUAGCACAGAAGCCUUCAAGGAUUUGAAUAUUUCCAGGCGUACACAUGACUCCUGCAUUUCUGUAAAAUCACUGGAAUGAAAACCCUGCUUGCCCCUAAACCUUACCCGUGGCUUACCUGAAGGUUGGCCUUCACCUUUACUCUUAGUACCAAAAUAAUUUUUGAAUGCUUUUAUUUCCCUAAGAGAGAACGGCAUGGUCUCACGUACUACCACGUGCUUUGGACCGACUGAAUUUAAGAAACACGGCUACUUUUCCCUUCAUGCCUCUUACAAUGUUGUGAGCAAACCUGGAUGAUGAAAGAGAAUAAAAAGGGUAAUGGUGUUUGAA